AUGUUGCCAUUGGGCAGUGUGCAUGAUACUCCCCUCAAAUGUCUCAGAACCCUGUACGUCCAUCUUUUGGGGAUUGACGAGGCCACCCACGGCAGAAAUGAGAACCCGGCAUUCCUGCGUGAACUGCUCUCCGGUUUGCAGAUCCUUCAGUCUCACUUCCCACAGCUGUUGCUUGUCCUGCCAGGCCGCCCCUUCCCAUUCAGUAUUUCCAGUGAAGUGGUCACACACCCCAUAAUAGGUAGCCACGCGGUGCAUGUAGUUUAA